AUGUCGAUGUCAACUAGUGAACAAGGAGAUGAUAAUCAACAGCCAUCCUAUAUUAUUGCUAGUCCAACAGCAGCAAUUAAUAGUGCCAAUGAAACAUUAACAUUAUGUGAUAUUAAGCUUAUUUGUGUUCCAAGAAGGAAGCGCGGUAAACGUCAUGUUUACUUAACCUUUGUUGAAAGUUGUGAUUUAUCAUCAUCAUCCAAUGAACAACCAUCUAUAGAAAUAAUCGACAAAAAAACGACUUCUUCGAUACCGUUAAACGAAUGUAUAUCAUUAGAAUAUUUUGAUACGAUUAAGAAUGAUUUUCAGUCAUUUAUUUACAUGUAUUUUGAAAAUUACACCGUAUCAAUAUAUUUCUCUGACGAAUUUGCGACAAAAAAAAACGUUAUCAUGAAACAUCUUGACUGUAUGAAUAAGAAAAAAACUGAAAAACCAACCGAAAUUAAUAAGCAACAAUCAUCUCAAGAAUUAUCGUGUUUAACAACAACUGAACAAAUUGCACAUACAUUUGAUAUUAAAUUAAUUCCACACGGAACAAUUAUAGGCCAAAAGCAUGUUUUGAUUGGUCGAGCUCGUAUUUAUUUUACAACAACUGAUCUUUACAUAGCCUCUAUUGAUUGUAAUCAAGCCGAUUUAAAAACCACUAUUACAAAUCAAUGUCCAUCAAAAGACAAAACUAUUUUAUGCAUACCUUAUUUUACGAUAAAACAUUAUGGAAACCGGUCAAAUAUAUUUCUGAUUGAAUUAGGAAAGUCAAAUUAUGGUAAUGGUGAAAUACAUAUGAAAUGUCUAUCGUCAUCGUUAGCAAGUACAAUACAUUUAUUAGUUAGUCCAGUGAUCGAAGAACGACCAUUGAUACUGUCGUCAGCAUUUCAAAAUCAAUUAUUGACAAACAAACGCAUGGAAAAAUCAAAAAAUAUUCAUCCACCUAUACAACUCAAUCAUGAUGCCACAAAUCAGAUGAUAAUUGAUCCAUCGCUAUCGUCUUUACAAAGACACUCAAUAGAAUGCAUAGCAGAAAACUCAACAACACCUACCGCAACAAAGUCACGUUCAGCAUUCGGAUGGGUUCGUAAAUUAGUUAAAAAUAAAACAAAUUUACAACGAUCUCAUACCUUCAAUACAAAUCAAAGUCAUUUAAGUUCACAAUCAAAAGUUUUAUCGUCAUCCAUCAAUAAAUUUUUUGAAUUUAAUAUCGAAGAAAAACAGAUACCUACCGCACAACAUCAGAACGCUUUAUCAAAAUCUCAAAGUUUAACUAAUUCAUCUAAAAUACUCAACAAUAAAAGUAAUCGAAAUGCUCUGCUGUUACCACAGCCUAAACUAGAAACAACUAUUGGAACAUACAUUGAUAUGGGUCCAACUGUUCAUAAAACUGAUCAAAAUCAACUAGAAGAAAUUCACGAAGAAAAAAUAACAAAAGAAACCGCAUCAACUGUUGAUAUGGGUGUUAAUACUACAAUCAGUCUGCCGCCUCAUGUUCGUUCGGCUAUAAUUGUUGGAAGUUCUGUUCAUUUAAUUGCUGAAGAAAGAGCUGUUUACCCUAUUGGCCAACGUUCUUUUACUUCUCCUGCUAGUGUCUUGCAACCCUUCAAAGCGCAAUUAAAUGGACAAACAAAUAUGACGGAAACUAAUACGGAAUCCUGUAUUACAAAUAAUUCAAGUUCUAUUCAUCAACCAACAUCUACUUCCAAUUCUCAGCAGUCAUUAUUUCUUUCUUAUGGUAUCAUAACUUUAAAUAAAUUCCCAUUAUCAUCUGAUAAAAUCGAACGUCCAUCGAGUCCAUUAUCCGAUGGUUCGAAUAUCGAUCGUCGACUUAAUUCUGAUCUUAGUCUGAUGUCUGUAUCUCAUCAACGGCAAGCAUCUAAUAUUUAUUCCAAUGAUAAAAUAUUAUCUUCAUCAAAUUCACGUAUAUUUCGUACAUUAUCUCUUUCAACAAAUAAUAUCGGUGAUAAUACAUCCGGUCAAAUAUGCACAUCACAUAGUAGUAUUAUAGUUUUUGAUGAAAAUUUAAACGAUCAAACGUUAAAUUAUUUACUUGGUGCACCACCCAUACCAUCGAUUGAAGAUAAAAUUUCAACAAAUCUAUCUCGAGUUUCAUCAAUAAAUUUACAAGGAUCAAUGUCACGUUCACAUUUAUCGAAUAUAAACGAAGAAAAACUUCCAUCAAAUGAUUCGUAUGCUUUCAUUGAACCAUCAAUUUUAAAUAAUUCUCCUCUACCUAAUAUAAUAACUACUCGAACUAAACCAACAUUAUCUCCUGAAAAACCAAUGAAUUACGCUGAUGUUCUUUUACCAUCAUCAUCAGUACUGUUCGCUAAUAAUGAUGAUGAACAACAACAAGAAUCAAAUAUAGUUGAUCAACAUAGUGACCAAUAUAAUAAUUUGUUAGACGAAAAAGUUGAACGAUCAUCAACUAUACUCUAUACAGAUAUUGAUUUUCAACAAACCGAACGUCGUGAUCGUAUUGCUCAAUUAGCAGCCAUAUCCGAAAACAAAGAUAAAACACCACCAUUUAUUUUAUGA